AUGCAGAAUAUCCUUAACACAUGCUCGCUAGAAGAGCUGAAGAAAGAGCCAUGGCGACUACAGAUACAAGCAGACAACACAGCGGAGCAGCUACGUAACCUUGUUCUCAAAAACUAUCACGUUUUCAUUCAGAGUAAUCAAUGUGCCGCUAUUGUCAAGGAUGACCUGGCCAAGCUCAAGGAAGAGACAACUAAAAUUGAAGCAGCUAUACCCGAGCUUCAGAAGUUCUACUCCAAGUUUCAAGAGGAGGUAGCGGACGUCGUGGCCAAGCACGGCGAAAUUCAAUUCGUAUUCGAAAAUUAUUUGCAGCUGACAGAGCUUUUGGAAAUCCCGCAGCUACUGGAAGCGUGUAUUCAUAACGAACUCUUUGACUCGGCGUUAGAUGUGAUUAAACUUGUCAGGGACACAUUUCAAACUCAUGAAAACGAAGAGAUGCAGCGCAAUAUUGUUAUUGACUGCUUGGUGCGCGAGGUGGCAGAAAUGACCGGCACUCUUCGUGAAAGAUUGUUGCAAAAGCUGCGCGAGGAUUUGCAACUUGCGCUAUGUGUUCGCAUCGUGGGGUAUAUUCGACGUCUUGACGCAUUAAUUGAUGAAUAUGCAGCCGUGGGGUCGUUGGAGUAUGAGAGACAAUUGAAGGAAGAGUUCCUUGCUUGCCGAAAUGUGUGGUUGUCAUCCUUAAGUGAUGGCCUUUCAUAUUCGGACCCUUACCAAUAUAUCAUUCAAGUGAUUGAUAUCAAGCGGACAAGCUGGUUUGACAUGAUCACUCAGUACUCGGCAAUCUUUGGUAGCGAGAAUGUAGAUGGCAAAGUCGAUCCUUCGCUGUGCCGCUGGGCAACAACGACAGUCGCAAAUUUUAUUCACAUUCUGAUGAAGCAAAUACCAAAGGUUGAUGACUUUAGUUCCAUCGCUACGAUUCUCGAGCAAAGUUUAUUCUUCGGGGGAUCACUCGGCCGUGUUGGUCUUGACUUUCGAGCUGUGCUUGUUGUGUAUUUCGAGGAUCACGUGCUGAGUCUGAUGACAGAGUACUGGCGGUCCGCUUGCUACGAGUUUCGAAAUAAUUUAAAAGCGCACUCGCUUGUAGCGUCCUCAUCCACGCUACAUUCGAAAACGCCCAUCGUCAUCGCAUCGUAUCGUUCACCUGAAAAGGCAAACGAAAGCACCUUUCCUUUCGCCUCCCGUCCGACAGCAAUCUCCAAAGAGGAAGAUUAUGCACCACCACGAUGUCUUAUGGCAUUCCCACUAUUGGCAGGGUUCACAAACUCGCUGCUGUCAUCUUUGAACAAAUUACGACUGUGUGCGAUUCUGUCAUUACAGAAUCGUCUAUACAAAAAGUACCAAAGCGCUAUUGGUACUGUAUUACUUACAAUUGCCGAGUUUGUUGAAGAGAACAAGCUGAAAUUGCACUUCACAACUGACGAAAGUAAGUUAGAAGACGCAAAUCUAACAACCAAACAUGCAAAGGCAGCAGCGCUUACACAGUCGAUUCGCGCAAUGAAUGAGAUUGUUCGUGCCGAGCUCGUUCCUUACUUAAUCAAAUGCUUCAACCGCCUUUUUCCGGCGCCGUCGGCUACUGCACUCAGUGCUGCACAUGCUUUCGCCAACGAAGUCAAAGUUUUCGAUGAGAUUAUGCGUGAAAAUGGAUUGCUAUUCGAAAUGCCGUCUGAUGAGAUCGCAACGAACGAUGUGGUACAUGCAAAAGCAGAUUUGUCAGAGACGACAUCUGUGGACACAAAUAUUACUGUUGAUGCGAGUGAGAAGAAGACGCAUCUGCCAUGA